AUGCUGCUGCGACGCUUACGACGAGCAGUAAAGGCGGCAGGCCUCACGGCUGGUGCGGCAGUGGCCGCCAUCGCCUUGCUCGAGGAGCGAAGGCGGCGAAAGCUCGCGCUGCCUGGGCUGAUUAGCACGCACUGCGUCGCCGAAGCCGGCAGCGGCGAGGCUGCCGCAGCCGCACUCGAUGAGCAUGGCUGCUGCGUGAUUCGCAACGCCCUCCCGGCGCAGCUGUCGGAGCCCGAGGCCGAUGAGCUCCCCGCACUGAUGCUGUCCAGGCUCGCGCGUGCCGCCGACGCAAUCGACCCGAAGACCGCGGCACUUGCUGCGGCCACUGCCGCGGCGGCGCUGCUGCCGGCGGUCCACGUGGGAGACGGGCACCUCUCGCGCAACCGCGCUGCGGUGGGGGCAGUCUUUGCUGAGCGAAUGACGCUCUCGCGGCUGCAGGCGCAGCCGCCCAGCGCACUCGGCUGCACGCAGGCGGCGGCGGCGCUGCAGCCGCUCAUGGUGAGAGAGGGCGACCAGGCGGACGCGGCGCUGGUCCUCGACCUCUUCCGCUCGGACGAGGACGAGGGCGAGGAGGAGGCGCAAGACGGCGAGUCGGCGACCGCGGCGCUCCCCGGCUACAACGCAUCCGGGCCUCGUGCUGCCCUCUCGCACAGCUGGGCCGCUCUGCUGCACGCGCCGUCGGCGGCGUGGGCGGCGGCCGCCGCGGCGGCGGCAACGGGGGCGGCGCUGGCGGCGGCGGACGUUGUCGUGGCGGCGGCGGCGAGCGGCCCGAAGCCCGCGGACAAGGAGCAGCUGAUGCGCCGCUUCUCAGCUGAGACAGAGGGCGUCGCGCGGGCGUGGGAGGAGCGCCGCCGCAUUGCCGAGGGGGCGAGGUCAUCUUCCGUGGUGGUCCUCCUCCCCCUCACGAGCGGCAGCGCCGUGAUCGAGGUGCUGCCCGCACCCGGACUCCUCGAGCCCGCCGUGCUGCACUUGCCCGCCGGAGCAGCGCUCAUGCUGGACGGCUCCGUCCGGUGGCGCCUCGUCGACGUGGAGGCGGAGGAGGCCGCCGCCGCCGCCCCCUCAACCCCGCGCGGAGGCGUCGCGCGCACGUUUAGCAGCCGCGGCCUCGCAGACGACUUGUCGCGAUGCCUGGUUGCUUUCGAGUACGCGACGCCGCCGCUGCCUCGCGACGACGCGGCCGCGCCGGAGGGGUGGGACGACCGGCUGGCGAGCUGGCGCCGCCUCGCCCAGCGGGCGCUGCUCGAGGCGGCCCUCGGCGCGGUGGCGGCUGCGGCGUGCGCUGGGCUCAGCUCGAGCGUGGUGGUCGACCUGGCAGGGGGUCGGGACAGAGGGGACGGCGGGCCAGAGGUUACUUGGUACUGA